AUGGCUGAAAUAUCUCAAGAAAAAGAUUAUGAAGAAGUAAAGGAAAAAUAUAUUCAAGCACGAUCCAAAUUAUCAUCAUUAAUCGACGAAAAGGCUCCAAUAACAGAGGCAUCAACACAGGCAUCACCGAGACAGUCGAAUGCAUCAUUUGAAGGGCAGGCAAUCUCCGCGUCGAUAAAAUUACCAAAAAUUGAACUACCAACAUUUGACGGAGAUUAUUUAGAAUGGAUCAAGUUCAAAGACUUAUUUUCAGCAAUAGUGCAUAACAAUGCAACUUUAACAAACGCACAAAAACUUCAUUACCUUAAAUCAGUUUUAAAGGGAGAAGCUGAACAACUCCUACACUCCAUUGAAGUCAGUGAUGGUAAUUAUACAGAAGCAUGGAAGAUACUGCAAGAUAGAUAUGAAAAUGAACGACAGAUUAUUAACAGUCAUCUUAAGGCUCUUUUUCAACAGCCACGUGCAAGGACUGAUUCGGCGAGUGAAAUCAAACGACUGCUAGACACUACUGUAAAACAUGUCAGAGCAUUAGCAGUGUUAAAAUUGCCGACAGAUCAUUGGGAUCACAUUUUGGUUUAUACAUUAAGCAACAAACUCGAUGAUGAAACAAGAAAACAGUGGGAAUUAAAGGCUACAACGACUACAUUUCCUACAUUCAAUGAGUUGAAGCAAUUUCUGGAGCAGAGAUAUCGUGCUCUAGAGAUUUCCGUGAGCAAUAUGUGGAAACAAAGAACACAACAAAACAUAGGAAAACUAUCAAAUACACUCAAAGCUCAUAGUGUGACCGUUUUAAGUUGCCCAGUUUGCAAGGAGGCACAUCAUGUUUUUUACUGUCCAGCGUUCCAGAAACAGAACGUGAAAACUCGUAAGGUCACUAUCAAGAAUGCUGGACUCUGUUUUAACUGUUUUAAGGGUAAUCACUCAGUGAAAGACUGUAAAUCUACAUCUACAUGCAAGCAUUGUCGUAAGAAACAUAACACCAUGCUACAUGAAGACGAAUCUCCCGCUCAAGUUUCAGCAUCAAACGCAGCAUCUUCUUGUAUAACAGCGAAUUGCAACACUGGUAAAGUGAUCAUUACAAACCACGCAUCUGAAACUCAACAAAAAACUGUCUUGUUAGCGACAGCAGUCAUGUGA